AUGUCAGAUCCAGAUACCGAGAUGUCCUCGUACCCCGAAACUCCACCUCCUACCACCCAAACCAUCCAAGACUCCCCCAAAACAGCAUGUGAAGAUGACGAUACUUCUCCCUCACCCAGAAAGGGAUUUGGCAAACCCAUUAAACCUCGCCCUAUCGCCGCUCGGCGUCCACGAGCUGCUUCUUCAUCAACUCUCCCCUCCAGCAGGCGCUACACUACACCGCCUCAGCACCCCGGACAACAAGUCACCGACAUUCCCUCCUACCGAGUUGAGAAGCGUCGCCCAGCCGCGAGCGGGCAUAAGAGAGCAGAGAGCUUCGAACACUACCUAUCUUCUACUAGACGCCUUACGCGCCGCAAUCCAAGCAACGAUGAAAUUACCACGGUCGGCUUUGCCAAUGGCUUACUCCCUCGCCGAGGACAAGCCCUCGCACCCACUUCUGGAAGCGCGCUGCGUGAGUCGCCUCCGCUGCCUCGACGUCACGUUAUGGAACAGCUGGGGAAGCGUGUUGAAGAUCUCCAGAUGACAUCACGAGGAAGGUCUGAUGGGUCGCGGUCUCCAGGACCUCAUUACGGCGUGGCAUUUUCAACCCGGGCUACUGAGAUCUCAUCAAGACGUCCAGGCAAAGCGCCCGAGGAGGAUGUAUCACCCAUCGUGUCGUCCUGUCACUGGUCGGAUGAGUCCGACUAG